AUGGCACUUCCGACCCAGUUUGAUCGCCUCGGAGCCAUCGGCCAGCCCUAUAUAAACCCUAAACCCUCUCAGAGAGGGUAUCCAUUACCUCCUGGACUUCCCUACAGACACAGAGACAUGUCGACCAUGCACGGACAGCUCCCACCUGCGGAAUACCACCAGCACCACCAGCACCAGGCUUUUCCUGCCAGCAACCUCACCAGGAGCGCCAACAUGCAGCACACAGACUACAUCAUGUACGAGAACGCAGGUCUGGUGAAGAGCAGCAGGCCGGUGAUGGACAGCGCGACUCUGCUGACACACCGCAGAAAGAGAACCAAUUUCACCCAGCAACAGAUCAAAGUACUGGAGAAGGUCUACUCAGACACCAAGUACCCAGAUAUCUACCUCAGGGAGAGACUGGAGGCCCUGACUGGCUUACCUGAGUCUAGAAUCCAGGUGUGGUUCCAGAACCGGCGUGCCAAAUCCAGGCGCCAAGUGGGAGCUCCAAUCCCAGCGAAGACCAAAGCGAACGUUCCCAUCAUCCCUACCAAACCCCCAGCCUCGUACCCCGUCCAACACGAGCAGCUGAAGCCAGAGCAGCGGGGCAAUUACAUCCAACCGGGGCAGGAGCUGAGGGUCAACUUCACCCAGCCUACACACAACAGCUUCGACUCGCAUACCAUGCCCACUUUUUUCUCCAAGCCUAUCGAGGAGAGGAUCAGAGCGGAUCAGGGAACACGAGACGACCUGCGAGAGCUCCAUCAGUACAGCAGAGAAAACGGACACCUCCAUUCGGCUCAGUACAAACCAGAGCCGACGGUCAAGCACGUGCUGGUGGAUUACGAUAACUUCCCACCCAACAGGACCAUCGGACCGGACAUGAAGGUGAUCAUCCCUCCGGUCCCGACGCAAAUCAACUUUAACAGGUCACCACCCAAACAGCUGACCUGCCAGAUGCAGCAGAUUCAAGUCAGAAUGCAGCAGGAUCCUCUGGACCACUUCUCGCCCAUCGGCGGCAGCGAUUCGGGCGAGUUUACCGACUCCGAUUCCGACUGGGAGAGGGAAGCCAUGGCUGGAUUGAGUGCUUUUAUGUAG